ACGGCAGCCGUCGGCGCGCACGGUCGAUGCGCGCGCUUUUCACUAGUGAGAGCCGCGUCGCGAGUGUUAUGGUGAAUUGUUUCAAUCAAAUAAAUUAAAACGUUCGUGUACAAAUAAGGAAAGAACUUGGGAGUGAUUUGUACGAUGUCGGGACGGGCGGCGUGACCACGGACGGGCUGCUGAGCGCCCUGGCCCGCCUGCGCCGCGCCCCGCCCCCGCUCCACCCCGCACCUCACUCGCCCCGCUCCGCGGAUGGGCGUCACCAAGCAACCAAAAUCCAGUCGUCUCGACCCUCCCCUGAAAUCGCCGCAGGUGCAGACGGCAGCAUGACAGUAGCUCGCGGCGAGGGCUCCCCGGAGCGGCUGGGCGGCGCGCUCCGUCGCCUGCACUACAAGGCGACGAGGCGCGCGCACUCCGCCGCCGCCAGGCAUCACAACUCCAACAGCACUCCUCCUAAGGUGGUCGUCAUGGGCAGCAGCACCACGUCUGACAAGACGAUCAACACGAGCACCGACUCGGCAGCCACCGCGCUCACCUCCGUCACCGGCACCGACGACUCCAUGGACGCGGAGCCCGACGCGCCCGAGCUGUCCGAGCCCAGCCUCAUCGACGACCCUAACGUGCCCACACACCCCCCAAGCACAGCCCCCCCUCACUACCACAGGAACCAGAACAGCAGCGACAUCGACUCCCCGGCUUACACCAAACCCCAAUCAGCUACUGACGUCAUAGACUCCCCCAGACCCGGUCCAGCAAGGUUCGUCUUCGACGUACCAAUACCAGACCCGAAAAGACAAGAGAAACCGAGAAACAAAACACAAACGCAAGUCAGUCAGACCAGUGUCGCGUCCACGUCGAUCCAAAUCCCCUAUGACCCUAAGAUGGAUACUCCAAAAAGUCCAAAGGCGAACCAGGCGAAGUAUGAGACUCAUUUUAAGUUUGAACCUGAUCCUGUGAAGAGAAGAGGGAGUGAGCCGAGGGUUAAGAAUAAGCAGAAGGUUGGAGAGAAGGAGUAUUAUAAGGAUGAGGUGGCGAAGUUGAGGAGGCAGUUGGAAGGUACGGAGGUGUUCACGACGUCGAGAAGACGAUCCUCAGCGCACCAGCAUUCUGUGCCUCCUCCGUCUUCUAGAAGACAGUCUACAGCAGCGCAAGUCCACGUAACAGCGAACCCCCUAGACUCGGCAGCCACCACGAUCCCAGCAGGACGCACCACCAUAGUGGUUCAGCAACCAUCCCUGUCCCUGGACUACGGGGGCUGCGCCACCAUCCUCGUGAGGGAUGAGGAGCGGCGCAAGAGCAGGGUCUGCAGCGAUCACAUACAGCAGUUACUGGAUGUCACCAGCCAGUUCACGUCGGAAGAUCUUCAUGAGUUUGAUAAGAGAUACGGCAGUCCUCACCACUCGCGGUCGCAGUCGGUAAAAGCUGGGCGCUCGCGCACCGGCGAGAGACAACUCCUGGGUCUACCGCAGCAGAGAGCCAGGGUGGCUUCCAUGCCCAACACCGGUGUAGAGGAGGAGUACUACCGGCUCAGGCAUUUUAGCAUUACUGGUAAAGGCGUAGUGAACCGCGGAGACUCGCUGCGCUCGCGUCGGUCGCGCUCCAACACGUCCGUCGCAUCCAGCGCAUCCAGCACCGAGGCUGUCACCAGGGCAUCCGCUCCUUGUUCACUUGCUUCCUCGAGGGACUCAUCAGCCGGCCUGAGCUCGUACCGAGUACUGGUGCUGGGCGCGCCAGGAGUGGGGAAGUCCAGCCUGGUGGGACAGUUCAUGACGUCGGAGUACCUGCACGCGUAUGAUACUAGCAUCGAUGACGAGUCUGGCGAGCGCUCCGUGUGCGUGCUGCUGGCCGGCGAGGAGUCGGAGAUCACCUUCCUCGACGCGCCGCCUGAUCAUAUCAUUACGGAGGGCUGUGCUCACGGCUACUGCGUGGUCUACUCGACGGCCGACAGAGCAUCAUUCAUGGAGGCCGAGAGAAGACUGCAGAUCCUGUGGGCAGCUGGCCACACCUCGCGGAGAGCUGUCAUACUCGUGGGGAACAAGGCUGACCUGGCCAGGUCGAGGGCUGUUCCUACUGAUGAGGGCAAGAACCUAGCGACAUCGUACGAGUGCAAGUUCAUCGAGACGUCGGUGGGCAUCAACCACAACGUGGACGAGCUGCUCGUCGGCCUGCUCACGCAGAUCCGGCUCAAGCAGCAGCAUGCCGAGAGAGUCAGAAAGCGCAGCAACUCCCGCAAGAACCGUGCGCGCGCGCGCUCCCCGCUGGAGAGCGCGCCCGCGCCCGCCGCGCCGCCGCCCUCCGCCUCCGCCAACACCACGCCGCGCAAGCGCACGCGCCUCUCCGCCAGCGUCAAGGUGCGAGGCCUCCUAGGCCGCGUAUGGGCUCGCGACUCCAAGUCGAAGUCCUGCGAGAACCUGCACGUUCUCUAGCACUCGGCCGCCGACCCUGUCGCCUGCUUCCCGUUCUUCGACUGUGCUGCCACCUACACGUGAAGUGGCUUCCAGUAGGCUGCGUGAGAUUUGGGUG